ACUCCUGAAUUAUGAAAUAGGAAAAAGGAAGAAUAGUAAUAUAAAUAAAAAUAUAAUAAAUACGACAUGAAGUAUACAAGUUAAGUGAUAUUUAUGAAAGUACCAUUAGCGAGUAAAAAUUAUUUAUGCGCAAUGCGCAUUAUGCAUAUUUUACAAGACGGAUCAAAAUUGAAUUAAACUGAACAGAGCCGAGAAAAACUCAAUCGUUUAAUGUAAAUCAACAUUGCGAAGGAUACAAUUUAUGCUGUCAGAAGGAAUUUUCUAGCAUUGCAGUGUUGACAUAAAUUAUUUGAUACACAGGAGGGUGUGGCAGAAAAUAACAUUAGGAAUUUAACUACUCCUAAUUCGAGCUUUUAGCGCUAAUAUAUUCAGAGCAUGACCUUAAUGGCUUUCGGUUAUUAAGCAUUUCAGUAAUACUUUCAUUAUAUUCAUUGUGUCUUAAACAUGAUGACACUACGAGAAUUCGUUCUAAAAACUGAGCAAUUAUUUCUGCCUUUGGCUCUUGUAAAUAUUGUCUCCAAAGAAAUAUUAAAUAACGUGACUAAAUAAAAUCAUAAAUUCAUUUAACAAAGGAAAUUCUGAUAGCAACAAAUUCAAUGGUUCUUACAGUAUCUAUUGUUGCGGCAGUUUAAAGUAGAACUUUAAUAAACAAAAAAGUAAUUGUCGCCAUCGAGGUGGAAAAUUAUCAAGAGUCGUGCUUUGAAGGGUAGCAAAAGAAUUCAUGGCGAUCGCGCGACAAAUGAAAAUUAAUUCGCAGAAAAUUUCUCGCAUAUUUUCCAAAUAUAAUAGUCUGUACAUAUUUUGUAUAAUAAUAUUUACUGAAAUAUUAAAUGAUACACACAUAUGUAUUAACGUUUAUACAUUGUUAUAAAUUACGAUGUACAUAUUUCAUUGAAAUGAAUUUCCAACACAGUAAUAUUUUCCUCGGUGACGAUUUUCGUAAUAACUGGCUUAUCAAAAGCUUUUAAUAAAACACGCAUGCUGGGGAAUAUAUUCGAUUUAUCUGCAAAUAUUUACACAGAUUUUCAAACAAUAUGAAAUUCGUUUAAAUGUUCACCACGAUUGCAUUCACAAGCGUAAUUAAUUAUUUAAAAAAACCUGAUUUUAAAGCUGUUUUCGAAAAACCCAUAUUAUGAAUGUUCGAUAGAGUCUAAUAAAUAUUUUACGAAGGUAAUUUUACCUCAAAAUGAUGUUGCUUGUAUAUCUGUUGGUUAAGCAAUUUAAUUUAUUAUUUGUUAGCAAUUGUCUCAUUUAAUUUCUAACAAUACAAACAAACUUUAUCGUUAACUAUUUCCCGUACCAAAAAAAUUGUAUUCUCACGCACUGUUUACGCUUUUAAUGUUUGGAACUGUACUCUGUUUUCUUCAACUACACCACCUCUGAUUUUCUACACUUGAAAAGCACACGGAGGUCCGUCGAGAGAUUCUUGAAGACGAGAUUCAUUCAAGUAUGUGCUCAUCCAACGUAUCGCACUAUCGAACUUUUCAUGAAAAUGGACCGCAAUACGAAGAAAAUUCUGUUCCGCACUGUUUCCUCGUGAAACGAACACUUGUACUAGUUGUACCGUUCGUUACCGGACACCUUGUAUUUUGGAUCAUCAGAAGACGGAUAAAGGGCACGAAACGAUGGCACGGUUCCGGGAAAAAAGGGAGCAAUACUCGUAAAUAGCAACGGUGGGCGUCGACUAUAUGGCCUAACAGCGGCACACGUUGGCUUUAUCAGCAUUUAUAACUCCAUGCGCAGUUCGUGCAGCUGCAGCUGCGGUUAAAUAAACUACGUGCAACGCCAUGCUUUGGGCUUGUAAACGAAUAAAACAAUGGCGUGUGCAUUGACGUCAUACGUGCAAUAAAAAACGAUGAACAUCGAUAACGUUUGAACGGUCGACUUUUACGUAUCGUUAACGCUUUCAGACGGAAUGGCUCGCGUACGUCUACCCUGUAAUCUUAGUCCAGUCCGUCGACGCACGUCGCUUUUCUCGUUUUGCGUCGUUCCUUAUUCGUUCUGGCCAUCUAUCGGAAGUGGUGAUUCGCGCAAAAUUUUAAUGGAAUAAUGGAAUAAACAAGGAACCAGAAGCCCAGACAAUAAAGAAAGACAUGGAAGUCACCGAAUGGAAUUCAUCGAUCGAAAUGACAAAUAUGACUACAACGAGUACCAGGGAAAAAUAAUGAUGUUUGACAAUUAAAUUGAUGUGAAGAGAAACAGAGAUUAGAGGAGAAAUAAAUCAAGAAAUCUUUAUUUCAAAGAAACAAAUAUUCGAUCAGCAGUAAAAGGCGAAGAAGUUUAGUUUUGUGUUAAAACUAAAAAAUCAGCGAAAUGUAUGAAAGUACUCUGCAAAAUUAAUUAAGAAAAUAUUACGAAUACAACAGCGAAAUAUAAAAAAAACCUUUAAAGGAAAUGAAAGAAUGUAAGAAAGUAUGUAAUCAACAUAUUAAAAGAAUAAUCGAGUCUAAUGUGACGUCGCACAUCCUUCAAGAAAUAAUAUAAAUUUAGAAUCUACAAGUAUGUAGACAAGUGAAAAAGUGAUGGUUUAAAACAGAAAAAUUAUAAAAUAAUAUUUAACACACAGUCUUAAAACGUACUUCAAGUUUAACUAAAACAGCAACAAAUAAAGUGUUAUAAACGUGGUAAAAACUUUCAUGUAAAAUAAACGCGACUCGCACAUCAUACUUAAUUGAUAAAAAAAAGAUUAUCAAAAGGAACUCAGAACACGUCUAUCUUUCUGAAAAUAAAAUGAAGUUUCGUUUUAAUAUUUCGAAAUCUGCGUAACCUUUUUUAUUAAACACUUGCUCAAAGGAAUUCCGAUGAAAAUUUUGUGAAAACGUUUUCCCUAACAUGUAGCGAAUGAGUAUCUGCAGUGUGGUGGCGCAUUCAGUUCGUAAACCGAUUAAACCGAGCCACAAAGGAAAGUAAAGAUCGUAAAAUUGGUACCGGAUACGAGUUUCCGAAUCGAUAUCAAGAAAAUUGAUCGAAAUGGCGAGUCGAAUGAAGUCGCUGUACAAUCAGGUUAUCUUUGAGAGGCGAAUUCUUCUGGGUUGCACGGUUCUCGUGGGAUUAUCAGUUUGCGUAUGGUCGGUGGCCAUUGGAACCAAUCAUUGGUUCACCAUUAAAGCACCGAACGAAGAAGGUUUACCUCUCGGAGAUGCGGGUAAAGCCGGUAGAAAAUUGAUCUACAAACAGAUGGGUCUAUGGAGUAGCUGUACCCAUGGCUUGGCACCGGAGUCUGUAAAUUCCAGUACCAUGAUACCUUACAAAGAGUGCAAGAAUCAGAACAUGUUCCCGACUGAAUUGCAGAUCAAACUGGAUCCAGGAUUGAACAGAACUGUCCUUAGUUACUCGAGGACACAGGUAUCGUUCGCAGUAAUCAGUUUAUUUGUGAUGAUAAUGGGCUUUAGUUUCUCGAUUUACACGUUCCGGAAUCCACGAUACAUGUUCAAACGACUGGCCGGCGGAAUACAUUUCAUCAGCGGUGCAUGUAACAUGGUGGUUAUACAGGUGCUCCUGUCAUCGAUCGAGUUCGAGAGCCAAAAUGUGUCCGCGACGUUUCCAACGGGCGCGAUUAUGAGGUACGACUUCUCCCUGAUCCUUGCAUGGAUCGUGUUUCUCUGCAAUCUGCUGGCAGGAUGCGCCUUCAUGCUGUUCUCCAGGAAGAGGAAGAGGGACAAGGCGCCCACCGAAGAGAUCGCAAUGGCCGACGAACCGACCAUCAUCGGGCGUUGAUCCAUUUAUCCGUCAUUUGUGCCUAGACAGACUCGUGUCAGAAGAAACUUGUGAAUUGGGGGACACGUCCGUCAGAAGAAAUGUUAUGUACAUACGCAUUGUACGUGAGGUAACACGGCGAUCGUUCAUAGACACUGCUUCGAAUGAUGGGCUCACAAUGUCAUCGAUAUUGCAAAUCUUGUGGUUACAAUAUUGCGGUCAUUCGUUGAGAAACUUAAUAACAGGACUCGUUGUCUUGGUUCGGUGAAUUGUAGAGUUAUCUUCCCACAAAUUCAUGCCACUUGUUGUUUUGCUAUUCGAAUUAAUAUAUAGAAUGUACCUCUAAGUGUUAUUAAAAAAUGUAAUUAUUGUUCCUUUUUACGAUAUUUCUCCACCAUCCUGGCGAAGUCAUUUUAUCGUCGCCAUAAAAUUAUUGUAUUUCUAUUUAGUAAGUAUAAGCACAAUUUGCGGCACGAAAUUAUGGGAUGAUAUACAUUCUGGUUAAUUAAUUAAUCUUUUGGAGAAUUGUGGAUUGCACCUGCAAGAUAAAACGUUGACUAAUUAAUUAAUCUUUGUGGAAAAUUGCGAAAAUGCUGUGAUUUAUUCAUUCAGUCUUUCAACGUGUAACCUUUUAAUAAAGUACCUUUUAAGGAUGGCAAUGAAUAUAUCGGUUUGCAUAUGGAAAAUAAAAACAUUGCUAGUAAUCUUAAUAACUACGGUGUACAGUACUAGUUUAUCAUUCGAAACUUAAUAAAACUUUCUUUCUUUGCACUGCAGACAAGUCCAUUGAACCGUCGCUUGUUUGUAUUAUUUAUCAAUAGAGUACUCGAAGUACAGUUGCUUAGAACGUUGUUCUCGGUAGGCACAAUGACCCCAGCUGGUUUUAAAAUUGCAAUCUAUGUUAAAUGUACAGAUCUUGUAGAAAACUUUGGCUUCUAACGUAACAGGGUACUAGUAACUCUGAAUUUUGACCGAAUUGUAAAGCAUGAAACUGAAAUUGCCAUUUACAUGCGUACAGAGCUCGUUGUUUCUAUCGAGCUCAAACAAACCGUUGAUAUCGGCUGAAUACUAAAACUCGAUUGCAUUGCUAUUCCCCGCAACAUCUCACCCCCAUCCCCAAGUGGUUCGAUGAGCCAACAUAAUUGUAAGACACAGUAUCCUAUCGAAAUAGUAGAGAGUCGCGAAUUAUCUCACUGUUUCGUUACAAAUUGUUGAUGAAGAAGUUUACAGCGAGAACAAUUCGAAACUGGAUCAACGAUAAAUGCUAUUUUUGUACUACACCAGAUUAUUGAAAUUUAAGAUACUAUUAAUCGGGACCAUUGAGGGAAAAUCAUCAAAAGAUCUCGUUUACUUCGUUCUGCCAAGAUCAUUUUUUAUUGAUUUCACGUGAAAAGAGACUUUUUCAAAUGUAUCGAUAUCCAAGAGAAAUUCAAUAUUUUUAUUUACAGAAUAUAAAUGGUCCAAUAGCAACAAUUUAAAAUAUUAGAUAUACUAACAUGUAUUUUUCCACGCUAUUCUAUAACUCUACUCUAAACUGCAGAUCGCAGUUAGGUUCUUAUCCUCGUCACUUGCUUGUGGCCGAAGAUCGUUGAAGAUACUUAAAUUUUAAGAAUACGUCUCUAUAAUUAGAGCAAAUGGUACGAAAUGUAAUUAAGGAUCUUUUCUUAUCAUCGUGUGACUUUCUAGUCAACUUAUUGUGAGAAAGUAGGGGGCAGUUCUAUUAGCGUCUACUUGAUAGGAGAAUUUCUAUUUUUCUUUAACGAUAAUGCUGUUUAACAAUAAAAUUAAAUAUUGGUACGCGAAGAUGUCUAAAGUCAUGGUUUCUUUUAUAUAAUGAAUGUAAAGAGGAGAAAAAUGUUAUUGUUCUCGACUUUAGUACGUUAAUUUCAGAAAUUCAUAUUUGCAUUAUUACUGUCACUUCGGCAAUUUUUAUCAAAUGUUUAAUAGAUCUUCAAAAGACAUCUUUCUUGCGUUUGAAAAGUUCAAAUAAAACUCGAUUUUCACUUCGAAAGAGUUAAUAAAACAAACGCUGUAGCAGCUUCUAGAUUUCAGAAAACAGAAACGUUCAAAGGGUGCUCUGUGUAUAUGAAAAUAGAAUUUAUAACGAAAGUAUGGCAUUCUGACUAGCCACUGUGAUCAGAUAGUAAGCAGAAUAAUAACAUUUAUCUGUAAAUAAGUAUUCAGACGUAAUUGUUAUCCGAACGGAUCAAGUUGCUUGACUAUCAUGCUAAAGUUACGAAAGAUAAAAUCAACAUUUGAUGUCACUACCAUUUUCUAUGAGAGAAAAUAGAAUUUAAAGGUUAAUUAAUUUGAAUUAAUUUUUAUAUCGUCAUCGGCAUACAUUCGUUCCAUUAAUUACGAAAAUAAUCUAUGUACAACUUCAAAGUUUGAGGAACCUGCAAUUUUAGGUGGAAUUAUCCUAAAAUUUCCAAAGAAACAUCACUUUUCGAUGACAUUACCAUUUUUGUGAAUGAGCCAUUGUGUUUUUAGAAUUUCAAAAAAGGUAACGUCAAAUGAUUGGCAAUUGAUACAUUAUUUACUUGUUUCUAUGAUUGUACUUGUCUUCAUGAAUACUUACUUCGUACCAGAAUGUUCAGUCGUUUUACCCUGAGAAGGUCCACGCUUUAACAAUUAAUUCGUAUCAAUUAAUUUAAAGUAAGUUUAUCAAAAGAUAUUAUUUAUAGACAAAUAAAAAUAAAAUCGAAAGUCUUGAUAGCCUUGGCAGGGUAAAAAUGACUAUUAAGAGUAACCUAGUGGCUUUAAGUUAAGGCUGUAAUUGUCCACGCUAUCCCGGUCAACAGUUGUACAACGUCUGUACUUGGUGUAUGCAUAAGUUUUGUAGGUUUCGUAUAAUUAAACGCAUUUAGUUCAUAAAUGCCAAUAAAUCGUUUCUUAUUACCAAAUGUUUUUGAUGUUGCCAUGACUAGUCAACUUGCACUCAAACAAAUGUUAACUGAUCAUACUUAUUGACAUAAUCUCGUUUUUAGCUCGUUUGUUAAGUGUAGAUUCCAUUUGGUUAAUAAAGUAAUUCAGCACAAAAAUCUGCAAACCUUAUGCACCUAAUAUAAUUACAACGAUUUUCUUUUUUCUAAAACGAAAAUCAAAGAUUGUUAUCGCGAAAUUAAGCGCUACGAUAUAAAAUUAUUCAACACGAUAGUUAAUUGCGUCUACGAUUCUAGUCAGAAUUAUCAUGAUCACAAGCUCCACAACAUAAUCAAGGCCAUUUCAUUCCUUAUAAAAGGGAAUCAACUACCGAUCUUUUUAGAUAAAGUAUUUCACGCUAAGAUAUCAAGCAAUUUAAUAUGAUUACCUAGUUUAUAUUUCUAGUCAAAUUUAUCAUAAUAAUCAGUUUUACAAUGUCUACGUAACGAAAGCGAUUUAAAUCUCCAUCUUUUCCACGAGAAAGUAUUUUAUAUUAAAGUACCAAGCUACUCAAAUUUACUAUUAACUACGUCUACGAUUGUACUCUAAGUUAUCAUGAUCGUCCGUUCUACAGUAUUUAUUAUACAUAAUUAAGACGACUCGUUGAAAGAUCUUCUAAUUAUGCGAAUGAUCGAUCGAGUUUUCAAGAAUGGAAGCAGAGUGAAUAAAUUUUAGCAGAUUUUGAUCUACCUCUGCUUGUAACGUAUUAUUAAACAUAAAACACAGUAUUGCGUGUAUAACUUACUUUUCUAACUCUUUACUGACACCAUUCUGACUCUCUAGAGCUCAAUUGGACGCUGUCUAUGUAAUCAAGGCGGUUUUAAUCCCCGGAAUAAGGGAUGUUUAUGUCCGAAGACAUAAUUUUGUGUUCUGUUAAGAAUUUAAACACGAUUUCUUAUUCUCAACAAAUGCUGUUUCCUCUCAAUUUAACGUUAUGUACAAAUGUUUCAAUUUUCUGGCACUGUGGAAAUUAAGAUUUCCUCGACGACGGAGGUCUUAUGUUUGUUUAUUUAUUAUGGACUCAUAAAGUGUGCGAGGACUUACAAGAAACUUACAUGUCAGCUUGCAGACAUAAAGGGCAAAUACUUAACAUGUAUAUUAUUUAUAUUCCCAUUUGCAAUGCAUUGAACAAUAUGUGUUUGUUUGAGUUUCAAGUUUGUUGUCCAAUGAAUCUCCAUUUAAACGAAUCAACGUUCGCCAAUUGAAAUGAUAUACUUUAUGUCUCGAAAUGUUUUAAGCAAAUGCGACAUAUUCGGUGAAUACAAUUUUGUAUAGACUAAAUCCGACAUAUAAUUCUUUUAAAAAAUAUUAUGCGAAAUGGUAUGCUCAAAAUAAUUAGAAUAUAAUAUUCUUGAAUAAGGUAUAUAAUAAUCCAUAACUUAUUCACAGCUCACAUGCGACAAAAAUAUUCAACAACCAUGAGGUAUGUUAAUUAUCUGCGCAGUAUAAUUCACUGUAAUUUGCAACAAAUUACAUGCAGCAUGAGUAUGAAAACUUUAUUUCAUAUCCACAUGGACAUGCUACAUUAAUAUUACUCAUAUGUUGAAAUAUUCUAAGUUAUCGUUCAGUUUUCGCGAAAGAAUUAUUAUAUUGUUUGGCGAACGUUUGUUUAAACAUGACUUACACGGGAAUGUCUCGUUGAAAGUUCCUUCGCCUUUUGCUUGUUAUAUAUAAGCGGUUGCCCACACGAUCUGAUAAAAGACAUACAUACAAAUAUACAUACACAUAUACUUUAUACAUGUGUACGACAAACAUGAGAAUGAUUGUAACAUGAUCUUUUCCAUGAUCGAAAUAAAGCGUAUUCACGUAUA